GCUCCGACUUCUACGAGGCGCAGAAUGGCAAGGUUGAGGCGCGGGCGCACGGUUCAUCUGCAUUCAUGCCAGAGCAGCCAAAUGAAUGGGUCAUCUUCCAGGAGCUCGGCCAGAUGGAAUCCACCUACCGGCUCAAGCUUGUCUCCCCCAUCGGGGCGCUACCGAUGCUUCUGCUGGGUGGCGAAGGGCGGCUUCUGAUCCAGGGGGGUCAGGUCUCCUUGCUCGAUGGCUGGGUCAAGUUCCAAGCCGACGAGGGUACAGCGAGCCAGGUCCAGCGAGUACGUGCCUCGCUGCAGUCGGCGUUUCAGAACUUCUGUGCCAAUCCGGACCACAUACCCAACGCGCAGACAAUGGCCUUCCUGGACCAG